CCACUAAAACCACUCUGUGUGGGGAACAUGAGAGGCAGAGGAAUCAACCUGGACCUCCACCCAGCUCUGUGUCCUUAAAGAGUGACCGGUCUAAAGAUGAAGCCAUUGAAUUUAAAAAGGGGCAGACCUCUGCUGCAUACAGGAGACCACUGGCUCAAAGGACAUACAAGAAAAAACAAGGAACUAAAUGUAAACAUGAACCUGAACCCAGCUCUGUGUCCUUAAAGAGUGACGCGUCUAAAGAUGAAGCCAUUGAAUUUAAAAAGGGGCAGACCUCUGCUGCAUACAGUGUGGAUCAGGAGAGCUCAGAGGUUCCCAGUGGUCAAUCUGCCCAGCAGCAUCAAACACACCUGGACUCCAUAUUUAUGUUGCUGGAGGACAACAUCAUCAAUUUUGUGAAGAACGAGCUUAAGAAAAUACAGAAGGUUCUGAGUCCAGGUUACCCAGAAUGCUUAGAGAGUCAGAGGGAGGAUGAGGAGGAGCAGAGGAGGAGCAGCAGAGAGGCGUUUGUGAAGAUCACCCUGGACUUCAUGAGAAGAAUGAAGCUUGAUGAGCUUGCUGACCGUCUGCAGAGCACUGCCAUUUGUCCUCACAAACUUAAAUCUACACUAAAGGAGAGGUUCCAGUGUGUGUUUGAGGGGAUCGCUAAAGCAGGAAACCCAACCCUUCUGAAUCAGAUCUACACAGAGCUCUACAUCACAGAGGGAGGGACUGCAGAGGUCAAUGAAGAACACGAGGUCGGACAGAUUGAAACAGUAUCCAAGAAACAAGACAAACCAGAAACAUCAAUCAGAGAAGAAGACAUCUUUAAAGCCUCACCUGGAAAACUUGAAUCAAUCAGAACAGUGCUGACAAAGGGAGUGGCUGGUAUUGGGAAAACAACAAACUGUGAAGCUCUGUCCUCAGUCCUCAGCUCCCAGACCUCCAAUCUCAGAGAGCUGGGCAUGAGUAACAGCAACCUGCAGGAUUCAGGAGUGGAGACUCUGUCUGAUGGACUGAAGAGUCCACAGUGUAAAACUCUCAGGCACUCUAUGCUGUCUCCUUCCAGUCCAUCCGUGAACCUGCAGGACCCAGGCCUAAUGAUGGAGGCAGGUCACAUGACUGAGAAGAUGAAUCAGCUGUUGUAG